UUUAUCAUGCUCUAUGACUUUACACGCCCAACAGGUCAUGUAUAUUCGUGCUAAAGGAUUUAGAUGAAUUUACAAUUGUAAACAUUGCAAUCUAGUCAAGAUUUGGGCCUCACGAGUACAGAUUGAUAAGAAAUCCUAUUCUAGAAUUUGACAUGAAGAAGUCAGAUUGGACAAUGAAUACCACGUGAAAUCAAGGCCAAACAUGAGUGAUUCCAAUAAGAACGAGAUCUUGGUUGAUCCAGGCUCGUUAGGCCAAGCAUCCCAUAGACCAAUGGGUCUGGUGAACGAGAACUUUGAGCCAGACGACGAAUUAUCAUCCACACAUGAAGAACCCAUGAAAUCCCACAAGAUGAGUUGGGUCCAUUUGGAGGAUAGUGUCAAAACAUUUGGAAAGAAGGCCCACCAUAUGACCCGACAGAUCAAGCAGAAAAUGCGGAAGGCCGACAUUUUCCAUCCGUUUGGACGGACCGCUGCCAUCCAAUGUCUGGUGGCCAUCUUCUUCUACGCCUUUGAUUAUGGUUCGGACAUCGCCGUGGCUUACUACCUCCGAAUUGAAGAAGACACUCAAUGGUGGUUUGCUUUGACCGUGGUCUUCAUCGUACUGCCUUUGGCUCUGGUCAAUAUCUUCAGUAUUGUUUGGUUCCAUCAAGACCACCAAGAUCAAAAUGCAUAUCCUAGAACAGUGCCCAAUCUCGAGAAGGCUCUUUUAAUCAUCUCUCAUGUCCUCCUCCUGGGACCAAUUGUCAGACAAUGUUACAUUCUCUAUUUUGGCUUCCAAGAGAUGCAGGAGGUGAAAAAAGGGAACCCCACCAACAACAUAGAGGGUCCGUUUUGUAUCAAUAAACGCACCUACCGUUCACGUCGUCUCGAGUAUAUUUACCGCAGGAGGAUCGAACAUGAGCGAGAUGCCUCCUAUUUGGGCCUCAUGGAUGCGUUCACGCAGGAUGGGCCCCAAUUGAUUUUGCAAAUCUACAUUUUGGGAGCACGCCAUGCAAAUGAGUUGGACAAUACGUCAACUGCUGUGUGGCAAUUGGUGUCCAUUCUCUUAUCGUUGUUCACCCUCUCCAGUUCUAUGUUGGCGUUUCAAAAAGCCAUUCGAAUGGCAGAUUAUGAGAUGCCCAACAUGAGCUUCUUAGCUUCCACGGUCUUCUUGUUCUGGAAGUUUUUCAUUGUGGCCUCUCGCGUGAUCACCAUGGCACUCUUUGCCAGUCAGUUCAAGGCCGAGCUGUUUCUCUUUAUUGGAUUUCAUUACCUAGUCAUGCUACUUUGGUUAAUCAUGAUGGGCACGGAUUUCUGCGGGAGUGCUGACAGCCAGACCUAUCCCGUGGGGGAAUUCGUUUACAAACUGGUCGUGGCUUGGGUCUAUGUGUUUGAUUUCUUCCCUGUGAAGGAGGGCCCAACUAGGAUUAAAAGUGCCGCAUAUUAUGUGCUAUGCUUUGUCGAGACUACAGUUCUCAUUACAGUUUGGUACAUCGAGGUCCACAAGAGAGUCGAGGACAAUCUAUCAUCCGCGUGGUACCUACAGGAGUGGUUUCAAAUCACCACUCUCACGUUGAUUCCGUGCUUCUUUUUUCUGGGCAUGGCUUUUUGUGCCGUCUAUUAUCUGAAACUUCAUCCUCGAGGAAGGAUGCCGGACAUGAACCAAGCAGCAUCACUCUUUUGAGGCACAUCAAAUUGCUCAACAUGUACCAAUACAAAAAAAUAUGACUAGUUGCAAUGAAAGGAUCACAUGAGUUCUCAAAUUCGAAUAAAUCGGUUGGCUGGCUGUUAAUGAUGGCUAGAAAUGA